CACUAACUUCAAAAUCAGCAUCACAACGUAACACCUCUAACAAUCGAUGUGUCUUACCAAGUCUUCAGAGGCAAGACAAUUUGAACGAUGCCCCCCUACAAAAAGCUAAUCAGAACAUAACCAGUGAUAAUAAUCUAGAUGUUCAUAACCUGGAGAUAGGGAUCCAAGGGUUGAAAUUAAGCAAUGGAAAGGAUAUCAAUCUGACCCCCGUGACAAGUCUCAGUGGUGCCAAAGAAGAGUCUGUUAAUAAGCUUAGUCGUUCAAACUCUAGCGGCAUGGCGAAAUGUACAUAUGCUCCAGCACCAAUGGCAUCUCGUGAACAAUGUUUCAUGGCUGGCGAUAAAGGCUUUUGCCAUCUUUGCAAUGUUGCGCUCACAUCAAGGCAACAUUACAUGCAGCAUACUGGAGGAAAAAGUCAUCAGAAGAAAGUAAUGGAAGCUGAAUGUAAAGCAGUUUUCAAUGACCCAAACAUCAACAAUCCUUCUCACCCACUACAAAAUAUCAAUUCAUAUCAAAAUGAUCUGAGAUCAUCAUCUCAUAGCAUGGGGCCCAACGGUGAGGAGUAUGUCUUGAAUCAGGCCGGUGGCCGAUGUUUUAUUUGUGGCGUUGACUUUACGUCACCGUCACAUGCCACGCAGCACCUGUCUGGCCAAAAACACAAGAAAAAAUCAGCAAGUCAAACACUUCAGGGAGCUCUGGGCUUAAAUCAGUCGUCGUCACUUGGUCAUUCUCAGUUUCCCGCAGUACUUCAGCAGUCGUCACCGUUCCCAAACCAGAAUAACUCACAGUUGGUCAUGACAGAUUCAUCAGCGGCCCUGCCCCCUUUCACGCCCCCACAGGGUCCCAAUGGGGAAGACUUUGUAAUGAGAGGCACUAGAGGACAUUGCUAUGUAUGUGACAUAGAACUAACAUCUCG